CCUUGGACCGUCUACGCCAUGAACUGGAGCGUCCGGCCCGACAAGAGGUUCCGCCUGGCGCUCGGCAGCUUCGUGGAGGAGUAUAACAACAAGGUGCAGCUUGUUGGUUUGGAUGAAGAGAGCUCAGAGUUCAUCUGCAGGAACACCUUUGACCACCCUUACCCCACCACAAAGCUGAUGUGGAUCCCAGACACCAAGGGAGUCUAUCCAGACCUGUUGGCCACCAGUGGUGACUAUCUGCGAGUGUGGAGGGUGGGUGAAACCGAGACCCGACUGGAGUGUCUGCUCAACAACAACAAGAACUCUGAUUUCUGUGCUCCACUGACAUCCUUUGACUGGAAUGAAGUGGAUCCUUACCUGCUAGGUACCUCUAGUAUUGACACAACGUGCACUAUUUGGGGUCUGGAGACAGGACAGGUUCUGGGAAGAGUCAAUUUGGUCUCUGGCCACGUGAAGACACAGCUUAUUGCCCAUGACAAAGAGGUGUAUGACAUUGCCUUCAGCCGUGCAGGUGGGGGCAGAGACAUGUUUGCCUCGGUGGGGGCAGAUGGCUCCGUGAGGAUGUUUGACCUGCGUCACCUGGAGCACAGCACCAUCAUCUACGAGGACCCACAGCACCACCCUCUGCUGCGUCUCUGCUGGAAUAAGCAGGAUCCCAACUACCUGGCUACCAUGGCCAUGGAUGGCAUGGAGGUUGUGAUUCUAGAUGUCAGAGUUCCCUGCACUCCUGUUGCCAGGCUAAACAACCACAGAGCAUGUGUAAAUGGAAUUGCUUGGGCACCUCAUUCCUCCUGCCACAUCUGUACAGCAGCGGAUGACCAUCAGGCUCUCAUCUGGGACAUCCAGCAAAUGCCUCGUGCCAUUGAGGACCCUAUCUUGGCCUACACAGCUGAGGGAGAAAUCAACAAUGUACAGUGGGCAUCCACCCAGCCAGACUGGAUAGCUAUCUGCUACAACAACUGCCUGGAGAUCCUGAGAGUCUAACACUGCUGCUCUGUGCCACGCCGAGGCAGGGCUGGAUACCUUCCCCUCCCCUCUAAAGUAAGAACACCACCAGUCAAGUGGCCAGUAUCUGUUAGUGCUUUGCAUCUACUGUUACAAGGAACUGUUACAAGAAUCCGGGGCAGGUGUGUCCUGUCUCUCCAGACUCUAAAAUGCAGAGAUGUGCUGAGCCUCUUGGACCUUCUGGGUUCUGGUUUUCUUGUUGGGUUUCUUUUUCCUCCCCCCUCAGUAAAAGUUCUGUAUAUUUGUUUGUUGACUGUGUUAAUAAGCUUGCAGGCUUUUAAGUUGCUGGGUAUGUCCAUGUGUUAGUCAGCCAGCUGAGGCAGCACAUCAACCAGUUGAACAGAUGCAGGUGCAAAACAAGGUGGGGGAAAAAAAGAAAAAAAAAAAAAAAGACAUUGAUGUUAACAGCCACCUUGGCAGGA